AAGUGGAAUCGGGAAGUCUUGCUAUGUGGCAAGCCUGGAGCGCCUACUCAUGUGACUGAGAGAGCCUGUUUGCUUGUAACUGCCACUGCUUGACUCGUCAGACUCCCGUGAUGAAGACGCUCGUUGUGCUUCUGUCACUCAGUCUAUCGUCAGCCUCUCCUCAUGUAGACGAACAUGAAUUCAAAAUAUGGAUGUCGCAGUACAACAAACAGUAUGAUUCAGUGGAAUAUCAUCACAGACUGAAGACAUUUAUUGAUAAUAAAGAAAGAAUUGACCAACACAAUGCAGGAAAUCAUUCAUUCAGAAUGGACCUCAAUCAGUUUUCUGACCUGACAUUUGCUGAAUUUAAAAAACUCUACCUCUGGAAAGAGCCACAGAACUGCUCCGCGACCAAGGGUGGUCACAUAAGUAAAAAUGGUCCUUAUCCAGAUUUUGUGGACUGGAGAAAAAAUGGAAACUAUGUGACCCCUGUCAAGAACCAGGGACCAUGUGGAAGUUGUUGGACAUUCUCAACAACUGGAUGCCUGGAGUCUGCAAUUGCCAUAGCAACAGGGAAGCUGCUCUUUCUGUCUGAACAGCAGCUGGUUGAUUGUGCUCAAAAUUUCAAUAACCAUGGCUGCAAUGGUGGAUUACCAAGCCAAGCCUUUGAGUAUAUCUUGUACAAUAAGGGUCUUAUGACUGAGGAUGGAUACCCCUAUACUGCACAGGAUGGUAAAUGUAAGUUCAAACCAGACAUGGCUUCUGCCUUUGUGAAAGAAGUUAUUAAUAUAACAAAAUAUGAUGAGAUGGGCAUGGUGGAUGCUGUGGCACGAAUCAAUCCAGUUAGCUUGGCCUAUGAAGUAACAUCAGAUUUCAUGCAUUAUAGUGAAGGAGUUUACACAAGCACUACCUGCCAUAAUACAACUGACAAGGUAAAUCACGCAGUACUAGCUGUGGGCUAUGGUACAAAAGAUGGAACUCCCUACUGGAUAGUCAAGAAUUCCUGGGGCCCAGAAUGGGGAAUAGAUGGGUAUUUCUACAUUGAACGAGGGAAGAACAUGUGUGGACUGGCAGCAUGCUCUUCUUAUCCCAUCGGUCACCUGUGAUGAAUCAGAAAAUGUGGACUACUAACAAAGUGGAUGAACACUGCUGUGAUGUUGAUUACAAUUGUUUGCUACUUGAAACAUCUCUGCAUAUUGCUUAUAUUUCAAAUAUACAGUUAUUUCUGCAA